AUUACAAUGGAAUGCAAUGAUGACCGAUGGAGUAUAUUUCAGAAUUGUGUGGGUGCACUAGAUGGCACUUAUAUUGAUGUGCAUGUAUCACCAAGUGAUCAUAAUCGUUUUCGUUCUCGAAAAGGAAUGAUUGCUACAAAUGUACUUGGUGUGUGCAAUCCACAAAUGCAAUUCAUCUAUGUGUUUCCUGGGUGGGAGGGAUCAGCCGCAGAUGGUAGAGUUUUGCGAGAUGCCCUCACAAGAAGGUUUCGAGUUCCACAAGGAUGUUACUACUUGGUUGAUGGGGGAUAUGCUAACUGUGAAGGGUUUCUUGCGCCAUAUAGAGGACAAAUGUAUCAUUUGUCUGAAUGGCAAAACAAUUGUCAACCGCAUAACGCGCAUGAGUAUUUUAAUAUGAAGCAUUCACAAGCUAGGAAUGUGAUCGAACGUGGAUUUGGAUUACUUAAAAAUCGAUGGGCCAUUUUACGGAGUGGCUCGUGGUAUUCUAUAUGUGUGACCUGUAAGAUAAUAGUGGCAUGUGCCCUAUUACAUAACUUCAUUCGACGUGAACAUGAUAUUGAUCCAAUGGAGGACGAUGAUAUAGAAGAACAGGAAGGUGUUGAUGAAGAAGAAGAUGCAGAAGUCCACUGGGGAGGAGUUGAUUUACGCCCUACUGAAGCAUGGACUGCAUUUCGAGAAGAUUUAGCAACAGAAAUGUACACCGCUUGGCAAUCAUAAAUAUAAUUCCGUCUCUCUGUUUGUUUUCAUAAAAUGUAAUGUGACUGGAACUUACUAUGAAUGCUUGCUUUUCAUUGUAAUUCAAAAGUAUUUUUAAUAUUUUUGGUUGUAAAAUGUUCUAAAUUAUUGCUAUAAUAGAA